CUGCUCUCCGUGCUCUUGGUGUUAAAAGCCGGACGGCGGUGGAACAAGUACUUUAAAUCGCGAAGGCCGCUGUUCACGGGGGGGCUGGUAGGAGGUCUCUUCACGUAUGUCCUGUUCUGGACUUUCCUGUACGGAAUGGUUCAUGUCUACUAA